CCGGGCCGGCUCCCCUCACCCCCCGCAGCUGUCGACGUGGGGCAGCGGCCGCAGGCGGUUAGGUGCCGGGGUGUGGGUGCCCAGCGGGAGGCGGGGAUGGGGGGGCUGCGGCUGCUGGCCGUGGCCCUCACCUGCUGCUGGUGGCCGCCGGGCAGCCAGGGUAAGACGCUGCGGGGCAGCUUCAGCAGUGCCGCGGCCCGGGACUCUCAGGGCCAGAGCAUCGGCCACUUCGAGUUCCACGGUGACCAUGCUCUUCUGUGUGUCCGAAUCAACAACAUAGCAGUAGCUGUUGGAAAGGAAGCUAAACUCUACCUGUUCCAAGCCCAGGAAUGGCUAAAGCUACAGGAAAGUGGUCAUGGUUAUAGUUGUAGUGAAAAAUUAUCCAAAGCUCAGUUGACAAUGACCGUGAAUCAGACUGAACAUAAUCUGACAGUGUCCCAGAUUCCAUAUCCACAAACGUGGCACGUGUUUUAUGCAGACAAGUAUACAUGCAAAGAGGACAGUGAGAAUUCUCAGGUGGAAGAUAUCCCUUUUGAAAUGAUGUUACUAAACCCGGAUGCUGAAGGGAAUCCAUAUGACCACUUUAGUGCUGGAGAAUCUGGGUUACAUGAGUUCUUUUUCCUUCUAGUCCUAGUGUACUUUGUGAUUGCUUGCAUUUAUGCUCAGUCAUUGUGGCAGGCUAUUAAGAAAGGAGGACCCAUGCACAUGGUUUUAAAGGUUCUGACAACUGCAUUGCUGUUACAAGCUGGUUCAGCUUUCACUAAUUACAUUCAUUUCUCCAGUUACUCCAAAGACGGAAUAGGGGUACCUUUUAUGGGAAGUUUGGCCGAAUUUUUUGAUAUCGCUUCUCAAAUUCAAAUGUUAUACCUACUUCUGAGUCUGUGCAUGGGUUGGACAAUGGUCAGGAUGAAGAAGUCUCAAAGCAGGCCUCUGCAGUGGGAUUCCACUCCUGCAUCCACUGGCAUUGCUGUAUUCAUUGUCAUAACACAGAGCAUUUUGCUACUUUGGGAACAGUUUGAAGAUACCAGUCCUCACAGCCACCAUUCACACCACAACUUGGCAGGGAUCCUUCUAAUUGUUUUAAGGAUUUGCCUAGCAUUGUCCUUAGGCUGUGGACUCUACCAGAUCAUCACAGUGGAGAGAAGUACACUCAAAAGGGAGUUCUACAUCACAUUUGCCAAAGGCUGUAUCUUGUGGUUUUUAUGCCAUCCAGGUCUUGCAUGCAUUUCUAUCAUUUUUAAUGACUACCAAAGAGAUAAGGUCAUUACAGUAGGUGUUAUCCUUUGCCAGGCUGUUUCCAUGGUCAUUCUCUACAGGCUCUUUCUGUCCCACAGUCUGUACUGGGAAGUUUCUUCACUUUCCUCAGUAACACUACCAUUGACCAUAUCAUCUGGACACAAAAGUCGGCCUCACUUCUGAUACUUGAUUUUCUUAAGAGGAAAAGUGAAUUGAUUUACCAGAGUGCAAUAAGGAUCCAAAUACAGUGACUUUGUUUUUCGUACCUUUGGUGUGAAAAAUUGAACAGAGAAAGCAGAGCAUGUUAUUUAUACAGCUGCAUUUAAGCAGUACCAAAACAGAAAAAAGGUAAUAAAUGUUUUGAAAUAUGCUUAAUAAACUUUCAGGAAAGAGUGUUGUUAUGAGAUGAUUUAUGCAAUUUCCUUACGGAAAUAAAUAUGGAAAGAAU